GCGCGGGUGAUGCCCUCCGUUCUGACUUGGAACUCUGUCAUCAGAUCCUUCGCGCAGACAACGAAGUCAGAGGAAGCCGAAGCGCUCAUGAGACGGAUGCAGGACAACGGUGUGGCGCCGACGUCCGUCACGUACGGGAUCCUACUGGAAGGCUGCGCGCGGAGCGGAGCCAUAGAAAAAGCUUUGGAGCUCAUGCAAGAGAUGGACAAAGUCCGGGUGGGACGCUCCCAGGUGACCUACAACACCCUCAUGAAGGCCAUGCAUAG